AUGUAUUUCGUAUUCUUCGAUAAUAUCAGAUUAAUAUUGUUAUCCGUAUGCUCAUCAACAUUGUGGCUCAUAUUAUCAUGCUCCAAAAAAGCAGCAGCAUCACCAAAAGACACCAACAACAACAGCACGAAGAAAGUGGUGAGCAAAAGUCCGCCAGCGGCUGCUGCUGCUGCUCAAAAACAAACUCCGCCGAAUGAAAAUCAUCUGAAUCAAGGGGUGAAAGAUGCUCCACCGCCAGCCGAUGGAACAACAUCGAAAGAAAAAGAGGUGUUGAAGGAUGAGCAGAAGAAUAGCAAGGAAACGAAAUCGAAGAAAGAUGAGAAAACGAAGACGAAUAAUAAUCAAAAAGAGGAUACGACACAAAUGAAUACUGGAUUGAAUUUGGAGCAGAGAAAUGCGAUGAGGAAAACGUGGGCGAUGAAAGCGGUGAAAAUGGUGAGCAGAUUGGAAAUCAGAGCCCGCGAAAACAUAAAUUUGAAUUCGCGACGCAUAGAGAGAGAGCGCGCUGGCAAACAGCCUAGCGACCGCAACGCACACGCAACGCGCGCUGACUUGCAUUUCCAUAUAGGAUAUCAGAUUAACCCUAUACAGUAAUCCAGAGAUACAGUAACUCAUGAAGAUCUGAGUGCGCAACAUCCCGUGUAGAUUUUGCAGCUCUGAAUUACUGUGAGCCUAAGCCUAAGAAGCCUAAUCUUAGCAAGCCUAAGCCUGAACUUAACAAUCCUAAAGCUUGAGAGAAGCCUGAUUUAACCGAGCCCAAUUUUGCCUAAGCCUAAUAAUAAUCUUAAGCCCAACAAGCCUAAACCUAAGCCUGACAAGCCUAAACCUAAGCCUAACGAGCCUAAAUCUAAGCGAGAACUUAACAAGCCUAAACCUAAGCCUAAUAAACCUAAACCCAAGCCUGACAAGCUUACGCUUGAACCUAACAGGCCUAAACAUAAGCCUAAAGCUUAAGCCUAAGCCUAGGUCUAACAAACCUAAUAACACUCCUAAGCCUAACAAGCUUAAUCCUAUCAAGCCUAAGCCUUAGCCUAAGCCUAAGAAGCCUAAAUCUUAGCAAGCCUAAAGUUUGAGCAUAAAGCCUAAGCCCAAACAAGCCUGAAAAAAAUGUUCAAAAGGUGAUCUGAUUUUCAAAUUUCCAACUCCAAUUCUCAUUUUUUUCUCCAGAAGCCCAAAGAAAUUUGCAAAAUGUUCGUCGACAAAAUGAAGGGUUUCAAUCCACCCGAUGCCCAAUACACGGCCUUCGAGGCCAACAUCGAAUUAAAUCGCUAUGCCGAUGUGAAAUGUAUCGAUGAAACCCGUGUGGUUCUCAAAAAUCGCAAAUGUGACUAUAUCCACGCGUCACUAAUUCAAAUUCCCGACUCGGAAACCAAAUAUAUUCUAACACAGGGUCCACUUCCCGAAACAAUUUCCGAUUUUUGGGCAAUGUGUUAUCAGGAAAAGGUCAAAUUCAUUCUAAUGUUAUGUCCGUUGGUUGAAGGAGGUGUCGAGAAAUGUUCGCAAUAUUUUCCGAGUAAAGAAGGUGACAAGGAGAAAUAUGGAGAUAUUGAGGUGUUGUUUGCGAAAAAAGAGCCGGAACCAGUGAAAGAAGUUGGGUGGAGUGUGAUGACUGUUCAACCAGCAGAUGGUGAGAAACCACCCAUGGAUAUUAAUCAUAUUUAUGUUCCAUGGUGGCCGGAUCAAUUGGCACCGGAAGAUCCGAAGCCAAUGAUUGAAUUGUAUCGAUGGGUGAAGAAGGUGAAUCCCGAAACAUCGCCGAUUGUUGUUCAUUGUAGUGCUGGAGUUGGAAGAACUGCCACAUUUGUGGGAAUUGAUUAUUCGAAUGUGAGAUUUCAGAAUGAGCCCGAUAUUGAGAUGAUGGAUAUUGUUAAGGAAUUGAGAUAUUUUAGAUAUCAGGUACAGUAAUCCUUGCAGUUCUGGGGUCAGGAAUGAUUCUGAAGUGUUUACAGUACCCCCUGUAGCUUUGGAGUACAGCACAAGUUUUUAGGUCCUUGUGAAACUACAGUAACCCUUGUAGUUUGGAAUGUUGCAGAGAUUGUUACAGUAUUCCUUGCAGUUCGGAAUGUUUCUGAAGUGGUUACAGUACUCCUUGCAGUUCAAGAUUACCUUUUGGAAGCUACAGUAACCUUUGUAGUUCGGAAUGAAUUUUAGGUAUUUACAGUAAUCCUCGCAGUUUGCGAUGAUCAUUGGGAAGCUACAGUACCCCUUGCAGUUCCCAGAAAUAUCAAAACAUUCCUAGACUUCUGUAUUUUGAAAAUCUUGAGUUACAGUAAUCCUUGCAGUUUGCGAUGAUCAUUAGGAAGCUACAGUAACCUUUGUGUAGUUCGGAAUGAAUGUUAGGUAUUUACAGUACUCCUUGCAGUUCAAGAUCACCCUUUAGAAGCUACAGUACCCCUUGUAGUUUAGAAUGUUCCAGAGAUUGUUACAGUAAUCCUUGCAGUUCGAGGUUACUAUUGGGAAGCUACAGUAAUCCUUGCAGUUUCCAAAAAUAUCAAAACAUUCCUCGACUUCUGUAGAUCAGAUGUCUCGAAUUAUACAGUAACCCUUGUAGUUUGAAUAUUUCUAGUUUUGUAUUAAUCAGGUACAGUAACCCUUGCAGUUCGGCAUGUUUCUGAGUUGCUUACAGUAUUUCUUGCAGUUCGAGACUACCCCUAAAAAGCUACAGUACCCUUUGAAGUUCCAAAUUUUGACUACCAUACAACCGUAGUUUUAGCUACAGUAAUCUUUGCAGUUUGAAAAAAAAAUCGAUAAUUUUGCAGGCCAUCCAAUCGCACGUCCAAUUCCUCUUUCUCCACGUUUGUAUGCUCGAAUAUUUUGCGCAAGAAGGAAUAAUCGAAAGAGACGCGAGUGUCGAAGGUUUCAUGGAAGAGUACAAAAAACAUGCGAACAAAAAAUUGCAAAAACGAAAAGCUGGCGGCGAGGCGGACAAAUCCAAGAAGUGAAUUUUUUCGCAUCAUAAAAUAUUUCACACCAUGUUUUUUUUUGCAGUAUGUACGAAUAA